UCUGGGGUGUGAGGGGGAAUCUUGCGUUGACGAGGAGAUCAAAUGCCGUUGAACAAAGAGGCUGGAGGGGGAAAAUGGGGGUGGUGGGAAUGCGACAAGACAGCAGCAAGCAGCAGCGAGAAGUAGUAGGAAGAAACAGUUGCGGUGAAAGGGGCGGCAGGAGAGGAGGAGACUAGCCGGAUUGGGCGGGGAUGUUUUUGCACCCAAACAUUAUAAUUCCACUGGCUGCUCCUCGGCUUCUGGCGGUGUUGACAACAAAUUCAACGCACCUCGUCGUCAUCCUACCCGGUUUUUUCUCUCCUCGCCUCUUCCAGCCUCAGCGGUGCCCUCCUCCCACCCCGGACGGUCUUGGAUUCCGCUGUCGCCUGGCUGGCGCCAUCAUGCUUGCAGACUCUCGAGCACUGUCGCAAUGCCAUGAGUCGCUCUCCUUUCCGCCCCUCGACUCCCGCAACUAUGAACGCCGCCGAUAAACAAAACACCGGCCAUCUCGGCAAACCUCUCACUCCUGCCCUCAGUGCGGCCUUUCAUCGAUCACAAAAAGCCCCUUUAACUCCCCGGCUGGCCACCCCAGGUGGAUAUCGCACUCCCAAGCGCCUCACCCCCUCCGAACAUCCCUCGUCCGCCCCCUCCAAGCGGGAUCCCGAGCCAUCCCUGCUCAGUGCCAAUGUUACCCCUCGAUCCGGUUCCCGCACCAGCAGACGCGAUGGCUCUGUCACCUCCCCAAACAACACCCCUGCAAAUGGACAACAAUCACCACAGGUUUCCUGGGCACAACCACAUGUGGGCCAGGUGUCAAGUACGGGGCGACUCCGUACGGAGCGGAGUCCGGUUCGCGGGGGAAUGCUGGAACCAGCGAGGACAACCCGGGCCAGGACGGUGACGAUGGAGUCCAACCAUCUUUCCCGACCGAAUUCGUCGUCGGACAAUUCCUCCGGGGCACCGAUGUUCUUCCAUGCGUCCGAUGCACGGUCGACGUCUUCCGAACAGGAGCCCCGACCGAAAUUGCAGAGCAAACCAUCCGCUACAACCUUCAUCUACGCCAACGGGACACAGGAGCGACCGACAGCCGUGAGUGAGCUUGGUGGCACAACCUACAAACGUCGGUCGAUAGGUCUGACACGAUCGGUGGUCUCCGCGAAACCGUCGGCCUCGCCGCGGUUGCGACCGGCCAGGGUCGAUUCGAAUCCGCGGCUGUCAGACGGCCCCUCCCAAGUGGGGUCGCAGUUAGACGACUCGUUUGAAACCGGAUCACAGGGUCACAGUCCACCGUUGAGCAGCGUAUCUGCGCGACCGAUUCCCGCCGUGCGACACAUCAAAUCCUCGAGUCUUGACUCGGCCAGCAGUGGGCUUUCCCCCCCUCAGCGGGAAGGGCUACGACCAAGCCCGCUUAUCAUAUCCCCGUCGGAAGCCCGCCUUGAUGCCAGCAACAUUGCGUCGGAGCCACUUCCGGGCCUCCGACCGCGGGUAUUCAGCAACGGAUCUAUUACUUCGGUGGACACACACAAUUCGGGUAUGCAAAGCCCGUCCAAAUCAGAAAGCGGACAAGGCAAUCCUGGCGUCGCCCUGAAUAAUGCGCGAACGGAGCGGAAGAUCAUGGAUCUGGAAAUCAGCAACUCGUCGCUUCUUGCCAUCAACCGCACGCUCGAACGUGAGAUGCGGAAGCAGAACACGGAGCUGCGCAGAUACCGCCGCCUCAGUCGCUCAGGCCGUCUGUCGAUGGCGGCGUCCAACCGGUCCGUAUCGGACGCUCUCUCGAUCCCGACUGAAAUCAUCGAGGGGAGCGAACACUCGUCCGUGCGGUCAGCGGAAGAGCUGUCCGACUUUAGUGACGAAGAAUCCGUGGACGAUGGAGUGAUAAGCCCCGACUCGCAGGGCGACCAGGACACCCAGCAUCGCGCGCAAGACGAGAAACGGUUCCUAGUCGACCUGGCGAAACACCAGGAGCUCCUCGCGGACAGUCAGCGAAUGAACCAGAGCCUCAAGCGGUGUCUGGGAUGGACUGAAGAACUGAUUAAAGAAGCGCAGCGAGCACUGGAAUACAAUGUGCAUGUGAACGACGUCCAACUGGGCGGACGCGUGCUCAAUCCGGAAGAGCUGAACGAGCUGGAGCUGCACGAGCUGCGCGAGCUCGAGGAUCUGUCUCGGCCAUCGAGUCCGAGCUCGUCGGACACGCCCUCUGAGGGCGAGCUGAGCAGCUAGGCUGCGAUACUAACUAAUACGGCGGACCCGUGGUGUACCUGUUCUGUUCUCUGGCGACUAAAGCUGGCAUUUAGUCCACCCGUUAAUCACCGUGCUCAUUUGCAUUUCUUGAUCGUUGGUAGCGAUAGAUGCGCAGCUCAGAAGCUAGAUACCCUUGCGUGAUUGAUUCUAGAGCAAUGAUUAGAAUUCAUUUAUCUAUAC